UUUUUUUCAAUUAACUUUGCAUUUUUAUUGAUUGACUAUGCGUAGUUGUAUAUUAUUUAUUUUAGUUAUUGUCUGGCACAGUUUUGAUAUAACUUACAAAACAACCACAUCUGAAAUAUAUGUAGCUCUUAUUUAUUAAAAUUUAAAAUUAGAUAAGAGAAAGAGGGAAAAUAUCAAAAUAGUUUAUUCUAAAGGACAGGAGUAAUCACUAGUUCCUUAGCUUAUGUUCCUUGUUUAGUUUACAAUUGAGUCUUGAUUAAGGAGCUUCUUUGAUUGGAGAGAUGGAGGAAACUCUCAUCAUUCAUCAUAAUUCUUGUUUUACUUAUUUUUUAUUCUUCCAAUUCCUAUUUUAACAUUUUAAAAGUCAUGGUAUUAUUUUAGUGACAUAAUAUUCCAGCAUUAGGUGGAUGUAUACCAAAUAUUGUUUUCUUAAUGUUGUUUGACCAACUAUAUAUAUUUAUAUAUAUCAAACUACUUGGUUUUUCCAUUUACUUGAUCAUUGUCAUUGCAACAAAACAAUCCACUUCUGUAGCACCAUUACAUUAAAAAAAAAAUCGAAACAAUCCAGAAAUGCUUUUAAGACAGCAAUGUUUUAUAAAUAAAAAUGUGUUUAAAAAAAAGAGAUAAAAAAAUUCUAGAAAUUUCAAAAGAAAACAGCUUUAAUUCUCUACACAAACUUUAUGGUCUAAAGGUUUAAAAAGAGAGGACAACUAAAAUAUCAAAUGGUGCGUCUCUGAGGUUUUAGGCUGGUGGGGGCUGAAGAAGAGUAGUAACGUUGAGCCUUUUCUUGACUUGUUUGCGUCUUCCAAAAACCAUUACACAUCAUAAAAACAGCCAAACAUAUCUUCCGUUUGUUUCUUUUUUUUUUUUUUGUCAAAUAUCUUCCGUUUGUUUCUAUUUAUUCGUUUUUCUUGUCUGAUUCAAACCCAAAGAAGACCAAAUUAAAAGAAAUCACUUCUCCUUGAGGGGGUUGAAUCUCUGGCAGCUGUUCUUGUCUGUUCAAAGUUUCAGAUUUGACCAUCUGGGUCGCUAAUUUCGCUCCUCUCCGAUCAUAAAUUGAAGUUGAUUCAAAAGAGAUUAGAUUUGGACCAAAGAGAGCUUCUUUUUAGAAACAUGUUUGAGCAGAUGAAGGUUUAGUUUGAUGAGAUGGGUUGUGUAUUGAGUAGACCCGGAUCAUCAGGAUUAGUUUCUGAGUCUAGAGAGGAAGCUAGUACAAGGAUCGAGUCUAAUCGCAAAGAAGUAAACAAUGUGUCCGUGACUACUACAGAGAGCACUAGUGUUGUUGCUGUUGUUGCUUCUGCUGGUGAAGAGGUUAGGAAUGGUGAAGCUAUUGUGAAAGAUCACAAGGAAGUGAAUGGAGAUACCAAAGAGAGGAAACCAAAAAGGUCUACUACUAAGCCUGAUCCAAGACUAAGCAACCCACCAAAGAACUUGCUAGGCGAGCAAGUUGCAGCCGGAUGGCCACCGUGGCUUACUGAAGUCUGCGGUGAAGCUCUAAACGGGUGGCUUCCAAGAAAAGCUGAUUCCUUUGAGAAGAUUGAGAAGAUUGGAUCAGGAACGUACAGUAAUGUGUACAAAGCAAGAGACUCGUUGACCGGAGCCAUCGUGGCGCUAAAGAAAGUGCGGUGCGACAGUAUGGAACAGGAGAACUUGAAGUUCAUGGCUAGAGAGAUUCUGAUCCUGAGGAGGUUGAAUCAUCCCAAUGUCAUAAAGCUAGAAGGUUUGGUUACCUCCAGGAUGUCAAAUAGCUUAUACUUGGUGUUCCGUUAUAUGCAUCACGAUCUAGCUGGUCUCGCUGCAAGCCCUGUCAUAACAUUCACUGAACAACAGGUUAAGUGCUACAUGAAGCAAAUACUCUCGGGGCUCGAGCACUGCCACAGCCAAGGAGUGCUUCACCGUGAUAUCAAAGGAUCAAACCUUCUUAUAGACGACGAUGGAGUUCUCAGGAUAGGAGAUUUUGGUCUUGCGACGUUCUUUGACGCGAGUGUAAGGCAAAAACUGACGACGAGGGUUGUUACUUUAUGGUACAGAGCACCUGAGCUUCUCCACGGUGCUGUUGAGUAUGGUGUUGGCAUUGAUCUAUGGAGCGCUGGUUGCAUUCUAGCAGAGUUGUUGUCUGGUAGACCGAUUAUGCCAGGUCGUAACGAGGUUGAUCAGAUACAUAGGAUAUAUAAGUUGUGUGGGUCGCCUUCUGAAGAGUAUUGGAGAAAGAUUAGGCUUCCUUCUCACGUUAAGCAUGCUAAUCACAUGGCUAAGCCACAGCAUGAGAGGAAAGUAAGAGAGGAAUUUAAAAAUUUCUCUCCUGAGGCGCUUUCGUUAGUUGAUAGGCUUCUAGCUCUUGAUCCGCUUGAGCGUCUGACAGCUACAGAUGCCUUGACGAGUGAUUUCUUCACGACGGAGCCGUUUGCAUGUGAGCCCUCUGAGCUCCCCAAAUAUCCUCCAACUAAAGAGAUUGAUGCCAAGAAACGAGAUGAAGAGUAUAGGAGACAAAGGGAAGUACGUAAGGUUCAAGGAGAGAGCGGCAGAAGAAUCAGACCUAGAGACCGAGCACCAAGAGCAAUGCCUGCUCCUGAAGCCAAUGCUGAGAAUCAAUCUAACAUCGAUAGGAUGCGUUUGAUCACACACGCGAAUGCAAAGAGCAAGAGUGAGAAGUUUCCUCCACCGCAUCAAGACGGUUCACUUGGUUAUCAAGUGGGAUGUUCACGGAGACUUGAUCCAUCAGAGAUACCGUUUAGCUCAAACUCGUUCACUGCAACUUACUCCAAAGAGCCGUUUCAGACUUGGUCUGGUCCUUUGGCUCCCACUGAAGCGCAUGACUCAACAGCUAAGAGGAUGAAAGAUAUCAACAAGGAGAGAAGAAAGGCUGCUAAGCUUAAAGGGAAAAGAAUCGUUGUUUGAUUUGAUGAGAUUUAUUAUUAUUAUUCACCUCCAAGUUUCAUAAAGUUCCUUUUUGAUAGUUACUUCGAGAAAAAAAAAAGAUUUUUUGCUAUUUUUGGUGGGUUAUAUGUUUCUUAUUUAUUUGAUUUUGUGUAUUAUUGUACAAGAGAUUUGACAAAAAAAAAAGCAUUUAAAUGAGGGAGAUUACUUUCUAUAAUAUUCUAUGUAAAGUUUUUGUUUUA